AUGCUGAAACACCCCCAGCCAGCCCCCGUACAGCCCAACACAAAGUUCGUCGCCGGCUUCAUGGCCGCGAUAGGAAUAAGAGGGAUGAACAAGCUCACCACCGCGAGCACAAAGCACAUGAUGGCCAACAGCCAAAACGCCCACGGCCAGUUCCCUCGCACUGCAAACAAACUCGAGAAGAUAGCCCCCAUGACAAACCCCAGCGGCGCCGACGCCCCAAACAGGCAGAGCACCAUAUUCUUCCUCAUCCCCGGCUGA